GACCUUCAAACCGUGCAGACGGCUCUGGUUGGUGUGUUCGUUCCGGGUGUGAAGCGUUGUGAUUGGUGUGAAUAAAUGAACUCCGUGCUCGUGCUAAAGAACGUCUUUGAAGAACAUUAACGUGGUGACAUUCCAGAUACGGUGUGAUAAGCUAGUGAUUUAAACAAAUGAACUGCCAUAAGGACUUGUUGUUAUAUUGAAGUUAAACCAUCGCAAGGAAAGCACUUCUCCAAACGUUCCACUCCCAAGUGUUUCCAACAGUGCCAAAAGAAACGUUCGGGCGUGUGGUGAAAAUGUUACUGCUCAAGCAUUUUCUAAUGAUGAUAGUCGCCACAACGAGCAUCGGACUAGCAUCCUGCUAUAAGGACUCCCUGCACGCCUACGCACCAGAAUAUGCCCAUCCGGCGUACUCGUUCAGCUACGGCGUUAAAGAUCUGCACAGUGGCGAUGUGAAGUCACAGUGGGAAACGCGUGACGAUGGCAUCGUCAAGGGCCACUACAGUGUCGUCGAGCCGGACGGUUCGAUUCGCGAGGUGGACUACACGGCCGACUCGAAAACGGGCUUCAAUGCGGUCGUCAAAACACACGGCCCGAACGCACAUCCCGUGCGUGAUCACGAUCAUCACGAGCAAAAGGCGACGCACUACUACGACGAACACCAUUCCCAGUCGAAGAUCAACCAUUUCAGCAAGGGCCAGGACCAUCUCAUCCUAAGCUCCGAUCUUCCCCAGCACGAAAAAGAUAUUGCCGAAAUCAGUGAGAAGAAGCGCCCGAUUCCAUCGAUCCUGGAGCUGAAGCCACACGUCAAUCUGGAGAAGCCGCUGGUAGCGUACAAACAUUACGAACCACCGAAAACGAUCUUCAAGCACUAUGCGUACGACGAACUGAAGCCCCAUCACGGUACGGUGGAACCGGAACACAGCCACAAACACUACGUGUCCGACUCGUCCGAUUUCUUCUCCGAGCAGGUCGACACCGAGAAAGACCUGUUCAAGCCGAGCAUCCGCAUCGAGGAAGUGAAAGCACCGGAUCUAUCCAAGCUGAAGCCUAUCUCACCGGAUGUGGAUUUUUCGCACCUUUCCGAGAGCGAUCUUGGCCCGUACUACACGAAGGAUAGUUUCCGACCGUUUGCACAGUACACCAAUCACGUUUCGCACCCUGUCACACUGCAGAAAGCUAAACAUCACACCAUCCAGGUGGAUACGAAGCCUAAAAAGAACUUGCUAAAGCCACUUACCACACCGGGCCUGAAGAACUUUGCCACACCGGCGGUGUACAAAUUUUCUGCCCGUGGACCAGCGCGGCCCGAUUAUGCGAGCUACUUCAAGUCGAAAGCGACUCGCCAGGCCCGUACCGGUCCGGUACUGUUCCAUCCGGACGAGCAGAAGCGUGCGUCACAGCGCAUGGUCCAGUCGAUGCUGUCCCGUCAACAUUCCCGUAAUGUGCCCGUGUAUGCGAAGAAUUAUGCUUGAACCCGGGGAUGCGGGAUGGUAGGGAAGGCCGGCAGUGGCCGAAAGGUGCAAUAGAAGCCUAAUCUGCUUCGUUCUGUUGAUUUCGUGAGUCGCAUUUCCGUAUACACAGUGAUACUCUAGAUUAACUGAAGAAAAAAAAACAAUCCGUCGUGCAGUUGAUGAAAAACGGGGUUCGUCACUUAACCAGUCACUCGAGUCGAUAGUUCUUUGAACAGGUUAACGGUUUUCAUAGAACGUUAAGAUUGUUAUCUAUUUAAUAAAUAUGAUGUCCUACAGCGUAAUA